AAACAAUAUUAUUGGUCUUGAUUUAAGCGAAUGUCUCAGGCUAAGAAAACUUGACUGUUCAAAUAAUAUAGGAUUAACUGAGCUAAAUAUUAGUAAUUGUUCAAAUUUAGCAAAUAUUAAUAUUAUUGGUUGUCUAGAAUUAUGCAAAGUAAUCUGUUAUAAUAUAUCUUAUUCCCCCGUGGAAAUAAUUGAACAAGCCAAAAUGUCUUACUGUUUGUAUCAUGAAUGUCGAGAAGUGGCACAUUAUAAUGGAUAUUGUAAUAUGCAUUGGAAGGACCAUUGUAAAGAAGAAGGAUGCAAUUCACAAAUCUAUAUUUCGAAAGAAUACUAUUCUUUCCAUAGGUCAAUUUGUAAAGUGCUCGGUUGUUCCCUUCAAACUUUUCUAAACAGCGAUUGUGAUUACCACAAAAGUGUGAGAGAGGAUGAACUAAGAAGUAUAAGAAAAGAAGCACUAAAGCGAAGAAAGAAAGAACAACUUGAUCAAAGAAAUCAUAGAACUUUGAUUUUUUUUCUAGGUUUC